UGGGCGGCUUGCUUUGAGCAGGCGCAGGACUGAAAAGGCUCUUGCGCCGAGUAGGCGCGGGGUAGGGCCGCGGAGGAUUGUGGGAUAUUGCGGCCCAGGCUGGUUGGUGGCGAAACGAUCGCUCGGCGGCGGUUGCUUGCGUGCGUGACGGGACUGCGAUAGCUCGACGGGAAGCGUUGAGGGACACAAGGAGGAGGCCACCGUCCGGUUCUCCAGGGUCGUGGCGACCCCCUCUCCCCUCGAUGUGUUUGUAGUGACGGGGGCAGGAGGAGGUAGCGCGAUGGCUUCAAGCAGCGGCACCGACGUGAUCCAGGUCACCAACGUCUCCCCGAGCGCCAGCUCCGAACAGAUGCGGACUCUCUUCGGCUUCCUGGGCAAGAUCGAGGAGCUGCGCCUCUUCCCUCCCGAUGACUCCCCUUUGCCUGUUUCUUCCCGUGUGUGUUUUGUAAAGUUCCAAGAACCUGACUCCGCAGUUGUGGCUCAGCACCUGACAAAUACUGUAUUCGUUGACAGAGCGUUGAUAGUCGUACCAUAUGCAGAAGGAGUUAUUCCUGAUGAGACUAAGGCUUUGUCUCUCCUGGCACCAGCUAAUGCUGUGGCAGGUCUUCUGCCGGGGGGUGGACUCCUGCCUACACCCAACCCACUUUCUCAGAUUGGUGCUGUUCCCUUGGCUGCUUUAGGAGCUCCAACUCUUGACCCAGCUCUGGCUGCUCUAGGGCUUCCUGGAGCAAAUUUAAACUCUCAGGGGUUCUCUCUACUCAAACAGGGCAUCACGCAGUCUCUUGCAGCAGAUCAACUACUAAAGCUUAUGAGCACAGUGGAUCCAAAGCUGAACCAUGUAGCUGCAGGUCUCGUUUCACCAAGUCUGAAAACAGAUACCUCCAGUAAAGAAAUAGAAGAAGCCAUGAAACGAGUACGAGAAGCACAAUCCCUGAUUUCUGCUGCUAUAGAGCCAGAUAAAAAAGAUGACAAGAGAAGGCAUUCACGAUCCAGAUCACGUUCAAGAAGGAGGAGAACUCCAUCUUCGUCUAGGCACAGACGGUCAAGAAGCCGAUCAAGGAGACGAUCUCACUCAAAAUCAAGAAGCAGGAGACGAUCUAAAAGUCCUCGGCGACGGAGAUCACAUUCCAGAGAGCGUGUUAGAAGGUCUCGGAGCACAUCCAAACCCAGAGACAAAAAGAAAGAAGAGAAAGAGAAGAAACGGUCUAAAACUCCACCAAAGAGUUACAGCACAGCCAGACGAUCCAGAAGCACAAGCAGAGAAAGACGGCGCAGAAGAAGCAGAAGUGGAUCUAGGUCACCUAAAAAGCCCAGGUCUCCCAAGAGAAAGCCGUCCAGGUCUCCUUCACCAAAAAGGCACAAAAAAGAGAAGAAAAAGGAUAAAGACAAGGAGAGAACCAGGGAUGAGCGCGAGAGGUCAACAAGCAAGAAGAAAAAGAGUAAAGACAAAGAGAAGGAUCGAGAGAGAAAGUCAGAGAGUGACAAGGAUGUCAAACAGGUCACAAGGGAUUAUGAUGAAGAAGAACAAGGCUAUGAUAGUGAAAAAGAGAAAAAGGAGGAUAAGGCAGCAGAUUCUACUUCCCCAAAACAUAGGGAGUCACCAGCCGAAAAAGGGAGUGGAGAUGCAACAAGGGAGUCCAAAGUCAAUGGGGAUGAUCAUCAUGAAGAAGAUAUGGAUAUGAGUGACUGAAUAUUGCCUUGGCAGUGAAAACAGUUGCCGACAUGCAUCAGUGUCAUUCCUGUGUGAUUCCUUUAUGCUGUACUUGUUUAACCUUUUAAGCUAGAUGUACACAGCUGUAACUAUAACUGGUUGUAAAGCUCCUGAUAUUAAAUAAUUACAUCAAAAGCUUUAGAGAAAGUGAUGUCUGGGUUUCCAUUCUUGUUAUUGGCCAAACUGAAUUGAGUAGCCCAGCAGUUCUUAUUAAACUUGGUGCUGCUUUUUUCAUUUUUGAGCAAAAAGCUGCAUGCAUCUUUGGCAGGCAUGGACUGUUUGUGUUGUAUGAUCUUUUUAGUAAACCAGCUCACCUACAAUAGUGUUUCUAGAGUUUGAUUCAUUUGCGGUAAUAGAGCAAAAUAGGGAAUGCACUGGCUGCAUGUUAACUGUGGCAAGAACAUCCUCAUCUCCUACAACAUGGUGGAUCUACUAAGGGUCUUAAAUGUAGACAAAGAAACUAACAUUAGCUUCAUCUGGAAACAAACGUUCUGAUAGAGAUAGAUAACCUUUUUAGCCUUGUGGCUAAAUCUUUUUGUUGUGGAUUUGUUUGGUUUUGACAAGGUUGAAAUGCACUAGCCUUUUUUGAUGCCCAAUGUCAGGUGAAUUUCGAGUCUAAAUCCUUCUCAGGUGGUGUGUUUGAUUUUUGACAACUUGGACUUCUUGAGAUAGUAAUGCAAAACUUCUGUAAGACAGGAGGGAGUGAACCUUAUGUAGUUCGUUCUUCAUAACCUGCGUUUAUUUCAUUUUGUUUGUGUAAAAACCCUGCAAAAAAGGAUAGUGCAUUUAAACAAAAUUGAACUUCAUGAUGAUUUUAAAACAAGUCUACUUGAUAAUGUACUUGAUCGCAAGUUGUAUAAACUAAUAAAUUUGUGUUACAGUCACUGAAGUAGUAACCUUUUGCACACAGUGAUUUCCUGUUAUUAUGCAAAGUAGUUGGGCAACCUCUUAGUUCUGGACGUUUUUGAAGCAUUUACUUUUGUGCUGGUAAAAACAAAAGUAGGCUACAGUCUGUGCCAUGUUGAUGUACAGUUUCUGAAAUUGUUUUACAAGACUUUGAUAAUAAAACCCUUAAAUAUACACUUG